GAAUCCCUUGAUCACAAUAUAAAAUCAACGGUUAUAAAAGAUAUUCAUACUAAUUCCCUAUUUUAGGAAACACAGACAAUAAAAUUCUGAGAAACUAUAAAAUCCUUAACACCCUUAUUUUCUCUCUCCACCUCUCAUAUAAAGGGAUCUCUACUUCAAAAUUUUCUUUUCACCGUCUUCUUCAUCUUCAUUAUAAUUAAUUUAAAAGAAAUUUCUGGGAAUUAAUUGGUGCUGAUUUUGUGAAUCUCGGAAAUUAUGUAAUCGGAUAUGAUCUGUGUAAUCUGGAAAUCAGUUUUUGAAGCACUGACACUAGAUGUCUUAUAAUGAAGAUUAUGGUCGACACAAUUCGACAUUUACACAAAGUUACCGAUGUUACCCUGCCUCUUUUAUUGAUAAGCCGCAACUGGAGAAGGGCGAUAAGAUCAUAAUGCCUCCAUCAGCUCUUGAUCGACUUGCUUUUCUGCACAUCGAGUAUCCAAUGUUGUUCGAGUUGAGCAAUCCAUCUGCUGAUCGUGUCACUCAUUGUGGGGUGCUGGAAUUUGUAGCUGAUGAAGGCCUAAUUUAUCUUCCAUACUGGAUGAUGCAGAAUAUGCUUCUCCAGGAGGGAGACAUUGUGCAAGUUAAGAAUGCUAGUCUAUCGAAGGGAAAAUUUGUAAAACUCCAACCUCACACCAAGGACUUCCUUGAUAUAUCCAACCCCAAAGUCGUCUUAGAGACUAGUUUGAGGAGCUUCUCAUGUUUAACCACAGGAGACACAAUCGUGGUUGAUUAUAACAACAAAAGAUUUUACAUUGAUGUAGUGGAGACCAAACCCUCUUCAGCUGUCAGUAUUAUCGAGACUGACUGUGAGGUUGACUUUGCACCACCCCUUGAUUAUAAAGAACCUGAGAAGCCAUCACGUCCAACACCAACAAAAAGAUCAAGGCCAGAAGUUGAAGAAGAGCCAGAUAAGAAAAUUGCCAAAUUUAACCCAUUCACGGGACUGGGGAGACGCUUGAAUGGAAAACCUUCAACAACUACUGAUGAAACAGCUGAAAAUCCAGAGUCAAGUACAACUAAAGCAACAGAAACCCCUGCUUCUACCCAGUGCAACAGGAAUGAAACACCAUCGAGCUCCACUAGUUCUACUCGAAGUUGUGGGAAGCUUGUUUUUGGUUCAAGGUCAGACCAACCUGCAAAUGGGACGCCAAAAAGCAAUCAGAAUGUGAAAAAGGAAGAGCCACCUGUAAAAGCAGAAGAACCAAAGUUCCAAGCAUUCACAGGGAAGAAAUAUUCACUGAAAGGCUAAGCUUGGAAAGAGGAAUUAUAAUUCAGUGAUGAGCAUGAAGCCCCCAACUUACUGAUAGUUUGACUCCACCUCUUUUGUUAUAAUUUGGAUAGAUUCUAAGAAAUUGAUCAUAACCGAUAAUUUACAUAUGAUAGGUUUGUAACCAUGUUGUUUGAAUGACUGUAAAAAAAUCAUAAUUGGUUAGAGCGCUUGGCAUACAGCAAUUCAUAACUUUAAUUUCCCGUA